AAUAUAUGUCUAUUGGCUAUUAAUACUAGUCAUUAUUUGUCAGUUAUUUUUUGGAGAUGUCAAAGGUUUGUGCUGUUUUUGGAGGUUCUCGUGGAAUUGGUCGGGCUGUCGCACAGCUGCUAGCACAGAAAGGAUAUUGCCUGGCUGUUAUAGCAAGAAAUCUGGAUAUGGCUCAAGCUACUGUGGAUGGCUUGGGUGCAGGUCAUCUUGCACUGAGUUGUGAUAUCACCAAAGAAGAAGCCAUCCAAAAUACAUUUAAAGAAAUAGAGAAUAAUUUCGGUCCUAUACGCUAUCUGGUUAAUGCUGCAGGUAUCAACAGGGAUGGACUACUGUUGCGAACCAAGUCUGAUGAUAUGAUAUCCCAGCUUCAGACCAAUCUUUUGGGAACCAUGUUGACAUGCAAAGCUGCUGUAAAGAGUAUGAUUCAACAGCAGGGUGGUGCUAUUGUUAAUGUAGGAAGUAUUGUUGGAUUAAAAGGCAAUGCUGGUCAGAGUAUAUAUAGUGCCAGCAAAGCAGGAUUAGUUGGAUUCUCACGUUCUUUUGCUAAAGAAGUAGCACGAAAGAACAUUCGAGUCAACAUGGUUGCUCCAGGCUUCAUUCAUACAAAUAUGACAGCACACUUGAAAGAAGAAGAAUUGAAAAAAACGAUUCCUCUUGGAAGAUUUGGGCAGCCUGAGGAAGUUGCCCAAAGCAUUGCAUUCCUUUUAGAGACUCCUUAUGUAACAGGCCUCGUUCUGGUUGUAGAUGGAGGUUUGCAGCUUCUGAUUUAAACACCAUGAAUUCUACAUGAAAGGUUAUUCAGCAAUUCUAAAAAUCCCCAAGAUAUCUGAGUAGUACCCCCUUACUAUGUUUUAAUUCAGAUUAAAAGAAAAAAAAGAUUACAAGGUUUCAUUUUUGGUUGUGUUUGAAAAUAUAAGAAAGAGAGGAUUAAAAUAAAUAUAUUAUAAAAACUAUUAAUAGAGUAUUUUAUUUUUCCUGCAAGGCUGGCUAACGGAACAUUGGAUACUCUGAAGAUAAUCUCUAAGCUCAAUGGAACUUUUUGCUGAGAUGGCCCAGAGAUACUUCUGUCUAUUUGGAGGGUCAGACUCAGUUGAAAAUCUGCAGGAUUCCCCUGUUUUUUUGGCAUGUUCUGAAAUAGUGCUGGAGCUGGGUA